AUGGCGUCGUACCUCGCCGCCUUCCACCCCACUCUUUCCCCGGACCACCCCAUAACCCAUCCGCAUCGCUGCCCUGCUCGCCCCAACCCUACCACCGGCCUCCUCCGCCUCCUCCCGUCCCGCCACCGCGCUCGUCCCCCCGCGGCCGUCCGCCUCGCCGUUUCUGCCUCCUCCACCUCCGCCCCGCCCCCAUCGGCGGAUCGGUCGGAGGCCGCGUCGUCGCUGGAGAGAUGCCUCUCGGCGAUGGCGUCGGGGGCGGGGAUGGGAAUGGGGGUGGCGCCACCAGCCUCGGCCCCGCCGCGCGCCCCGCCGGCGAUGAAGGGGGGACGGAAGCAGUACGGCGCGUUCGGCGCCGUCACGCUCGAGAAGGCCAAGCUCGAUCUCUCCCAGCGCCGCAAGAAGAUCAUGCCCGAGCUGGCAACAGGUGGUGGUGGUGGAGAUAUUGGAAAAAGGAUCGGUCAUGGUGGGGGUGAUGGUGGUGAUGAUGAUGGUGAUGAUGAUGAUUACUUUGAUGAUUUUGAUGAUGGAGAGGAAGAAGAAGGUGGGCUUUUUAGGAGGCGAAUUGUUGUACAAGAGCUAUUCAAUAGAGAGUUUGUAGAAGCUGUGUUGCAAGAAUGGUGCAAGACGAUGAGUAAUUUGCCUGCUGGUCUCCGCCAAGCUUGUGAGAUGGGUUUGGUGAGUUCUGCACAGAUGGUACGUUACUUGUCAAUAUUUGCAAGACCUACAAACACUAGGUCCUUCUCAAGAGCUCUUCCAGGUUGGCUUUCCAGAGGUCUUGUUGGAAGGACACUUGCUGAUCCAUCAUUCCCACAUAAGAUGGCUUUGGAGUUUAUGGCUACCUUUUCCUCGUCUAUUUGGUGGGAAAUGAAUAUUCGCAAGGAGAGGUUUGGACAAGAAUGGGACUUGGUGAUUGUGAAUGCUUUGACUGCAUCGUGUUGCAACUUGAUGGUUCUUGGGCUUUUGGCACCGUGCCGUUCAUAUGGAAGUACAUCUCGAUUUGACUUCCAAAAUGCAAUUGAGAAACUUCCAAAUAACAUAUUUGAGAAGAGCUAUCCUUUGAGAGAGUUUGAUCUACCAAAACGAAUCAGUGCAUUCUUUUAUAAAGCUGCUGAACUUAGUCUGGUUGGGUUUGUGGCUGGCUCUGUUCAAGGUGGUAUGUCAAAAGUCUUGUCUGCAAGAAAAGAAAGGUGGUUAUCGGUGACUAUUCCCUCUGUCAGCGCCAAUGCUCUUGGUUAUGGAGCUUUCCUAGGACUCUAUGCGAACUUGCGUUAUCAAUUGCUCUGUGGACUAGACCAAUAUAUGGUCAAGCGCUUUGAUGUUUUGGGUGUGGCAAUCUUCUUUAGCACAGCAGCAAGACUGAUGAAUAUUCAGAUUGGUGAGGCAUCAAGGCGAACAUGGCUUGGCGAGGAAGCUGAUCCACAGUACUCAGAUCGACUGCUGAGAGCAUACAAGAGGCCUGUGGAGGUUUACAUGGACCAACAGGAUUCAAGGUGGUUUAUAUCCAAGGAUGCAAUCGUAUCUGGCCUUGGUCUUCUAGGCAUCAAGCAGGGUGGACCCGAGGCAGCAUUGUCUAAGCCUCGUCGAAAGAGAGUCGUCCGCAAAAAGGUCGCUUCAGGUUGA